UCGCCAUAUUGGGUACUGAGAAGGUUUGUCUGCAGUUUCUCUCACUACGGGACGAAAUUGACAGAGAGGCUUCAGUUCCUGUGCACUUUGUUUUGAUGAUCCGCGGAGACCACUGCCGGCUUCACGACACCGCGGCCGUUACCGUCUCCAGCUCGACGUAUGCAUGGCAUAAGUCAUUUCACGCUUGUUUUGGAUCUUGCUCAGCGACGAGGAGAUAACCUGUUGUUUUUGAGCGGUGUGUUUUUCUUGUGAAAACUGGACGCUCCCGGCUGUUUGAGAAAUUGUGUCUUUUCUUCGGGGGGGAAAAUGUCAGAUGUUCGACUUUCAAACGGGAGCCCGACGCUGGAGCGGACGGACCCCCGUGUGUCGGAUCACCCGAAACCGUCAGCCUGCAGGAGCCUCUUCGGCUUCGUGGAUCACGAAGAGUUAAAGAAGGAUUUAAAGGGACAUUUGCGGGAGAUGGAAGAGACUGCCUCCGCCAAGUGGGGCUUCGACUUCGCCAAUCACACGCCGCUGGCCAACGACAGGCUCCAGUGGGAAUUAGUGGAUCGCAGAGACGUCCCGGAUUUCUACCACCGGCCGCACCGGAGGGAGAAGGGCGUCUGCUCCGCUGGGAAUAACAAUGUGGAUCUAAAUGGGAAUCAUAACUGUGUUGUGGUAGCUCCGAGCGAUGACACCGACAGGUCUGAGGCGCAGAUGGAGUGCACGGAGCAGUGCACCGGGCUGAGGAAAAGACCUGCACGUCACGACCCCUCGGCCCAAAAUAAGAGGUCACACACCAGCUCAGAUGAGGUUAGUUGUCCAAGUCUGAGCCACUCUGCAGAACACACACCCAGAAAGACCAGCCCCAAGAGACAAACGUGAGGACCACAAACGAGCCGAAGAUGUACGUCCCUCCUUUUUAUGUGGGGAAAGCUCAGUGUUGGCCGAAUUUUUUUUUUUUUUUUUUUUUUUU